UUGGAGCAGCGCCGUGACCUCAGAGCCGAGCCGUGUAUUUAAGAUCUGGCUCGCAGAUGUUGCGGGAGGCUGGGGCAGCGCAGAGCGGCCGGCAGAGGCACAGAGGACACUGCCAGCCCCGGGAUGCUCGCACCGCUGCUGCUCUCUGCCCUGCUCUGCCACCGGGCUGCAGCCUGGGGCCUCGGCAAGGAUGGCGUGCUGCACAACUCCAUCUGGCUGGAGCGCGCGGCCGGCGUGUACCACCGCGAGGCGCGCUCCGGCAAGUACCGGCUGACGUUCGCCGAGGCCAAGGCCGUGUGCGAGUACGAGGGAGGACACCUGGCCACGCUGCAGCAGCUGGAGGCAGCUCGGAAAAUAGGUUUCCACGUGUGUGCUGCCGGCUGGAUGGCCAAGGGCAGAGUUGGCUAUCCCAUAGUAAAAGCUGGAGCCAACUGUGGCUUUGGCAAGACUGGGAUUGUUGAUUAUGGGAUUCGCCUCAACAGGAGCGAGAGGUGGGACGCCUACUGCUACAACCCCAACGGAAAAGAGUGUGGAGGAGUCUUCACAGAUUCCAAACACGUUUUCAAGUCGCCAGGCUACCCGAACGAGUACGAGAACAACCAGGUGUGCUACUGGCACAUCCGGGUCCGGUACGGGCAGAGGAUCCACCUGCAGUUCCUGGAGUUCGACGUGGAGGAUGACAUUGCCUGCCAGGGCGACUUCCUGGAGGUCUACGACAGCUACGAUGAUGUCAAUGGAUUUGUGGGCAGGUUUUGUGGAGAUGAGUUGCCAGAUGACAUCAUUAGCACAGGGAACGUGAUGACGCUGAAGUUCCUGACGGACGGCUCGGUGACUGCAGGGGGGUUCCAGAUCCGCUACUCCGCCCUGGACACGCCUGCCCCGGCCAAAAACGCCUCAGCCCAGGGCAAAAACACCUUCCAGGCUGGGAAAUUUGGGAUUAUGUGAGCACAGCUCCGGGCACGGAAAGGGGCUCUGGACUGAACACUGAAAAAAAAAAAAAAUCAGAUUUUUUUCUGACUUUUUUUCCAUCUCUUUCUGAGAUUUUUUCAUUUUUCUUUCUGAGUUUUUCUCUUUGGCUUUUCUAUGUUUUGUAAUAAACUACACUAGGGAAUAAAUUAUAAGAUAUACUUACAUGGAUAAUAGAGAAUUAUUUUUAGAAUACAAGUACUGUAAAAAUCAGAAGAAUUCAUUGCUACCAAAGACUUUAAUAUUUUUAAUAUAAACUGCUCCUUCUCCUCAUUUCUUACACCACUUGAACAAACUUUUUGUGUGUCUGUCCUGAUUAUUUUAAAACUUAACAGGCUCUUCUCUCCUUAUUUCCCUUGAUUUCCACCUAUUUAUAUUUUAAACUUAACAGGUUCUCCUCUCCUUAUUUCCCUUGAUUUCCACCUAUUUAUAUUUUAAACUUAACAGGUUCUUCUCUCCUUUUUUCCCUUGAUUUCUACCUAUUUAUAUUUUAAACU